UGAAGCAAUUGUACUGUACUGUACUGGUUUUUUAAAGAUAGGAUCAAAUCUAGAAUUGGAAAGUUAUUUUGUCGCUUAGAUAUGCGUAUUUUAGUUUUCUAGUUCGUGUCAUUCUCAUCUCGUAUUGAGAAACAUUUUUAUGAGGAAGCACCAAAGGCUACGUAUCUAGAUAUUUUAUGUAACGUUUUCCUUAUUUAGAUAUUUAAAUUAUUAAAAUGAAUGGAAAUAACAGCCGUGUGGAUUUAGAUUGUGCUGUGUGUUUACAAAAAUGUAACCAUCCAACACAGCUGCCAUGUGGCCAUAUCUUCUGUUUUCUGUGUGUGAAGGGUAUUGCCUUCCAAAGCAAAAAAUGUGCAAUGUGUCGAGCUGAAAUUCCACCAAAUUAUCUAGAUAAUCCAAUACUCCUGGGUCCAUUGUCUGCUGAGCAAGUGAACAAUAGUCUUGCUGAAGAAGUGUAUCAGUGGUUUUACGAGGGUAGAAAUGGAUGGUGGAAAUAUGACGAACGUAGUAACUUUGAAUUGGAAAAUGCGUUCAAUGCAGGUGAUCCUGAUUGUACCUUACUCCUUGCUGGAACCUUGUACAAUAUAGAUUUUCAAACAAUGACACAAGUCAGGAGAAGUGAUCAAACCAGGCGUCGUCGAGUUAGACGAGAUACGCCGUCUUUCCCGUCCAAAGGAAUAGCAGGUAUAAAGACUGAAGAUGGUGGAGCAAGACAAGUUAAGAGUGAUGAUGAAGAAACGGCGGAUGUUGUACAUAUACCGACCGUACAAGAAGUAAUCGAAAUUAGUGACGAUGAAACAAGUGAUUUAAUCCCACCAGCUCUUAUUCUCAAUGAAGAUCUGAAUGGCGUGAUUGACAGAAUUAGCUCGGUCAGCCUUACCGACAACAUAUCCCAUAACCACAAUAACGACGAAACCAGAUAAUAAAUAAAAAUUAUAUAAAUUUUCAGCAGAUAGUAAAAAAAUGUGUUACUUUCG